UGACAGAGACAUUCAUGAGAGGUAGCAGUUUGCUUCUCGAACAGAGAAUGCUUUCCCAGUUCCCAGUAUCAGACUCAAGUGGCAUCCUGUAGAAGGACAAUUUCAGAAUGCUUGGCAGGGAAAAAAAUAAAAGCUGCUUGUUUGAGCAUUUCACACACACUACUAUAAUUAAGAGAUGACUCUGAUAACUGCUGAAGCUAAUACAGGUUGUGCUUCUGUUUUUAGGGGAGGAAUACAGGUUGCGCAUGCUGAAUGGCUGCAAUCUGUUGUCCGUAGCUUUGUUUUUUCCCUCCCCCGACCUCACCCCUGAAAUUCUCAUGCAUUUCCAGCCUGAUCUGAGAGCCCCACUCCCUUGUGUGGGUCUUUUGUUUCCUCUUUUUAAUGGCAAUUCCCUGCCCUUUGGCUCUGAGGCUCUUCAUGCGAAAUUAAUUCCAAGGCUAUCUUGAAGGCGGUCUGGAUGAAAUUUCUUCUGCAUCAUCCUUUUGGGGAUAAUUGUUUAUGAUGUGACGUCAGUCCAAUUGAUUUUCUCUUGAAUGGCUGAGAGAGAAGAGGGAUCAGCAGACACUAACGUGAAGCAAAGCUACAGCCUCUGUUUCAGAGAGAUACAGAAACUGACAUUCUGAAUGCACUGCUAGUAUUAGAAUGUAAUUGCUACUGAAUGGAGGGAGCCAUACAAUGCUAGUAAAAUCUGAUUAUUUAUUCAGACUUGAUUUUUUUUUAGCAGUCUUGUUUAUGUGCACAUUUCACGGCAGAGCCCUCUCUUAAUCUGACAGUGGCUGAUAAUUAAUCUUGUUCACCCAGCUGCUGCAAUAGGAUUAUAAAGAGGGGAAGUGCGUCACAAGGCUCCUUGGAAAUUGAGGAAUGCAAUUCUGCCACCAUGAUGGAAGGAUUGAAAAAGCGUACCAGGAAGGCCUUUGGAAUACGGAAGAAGGAAAAGGACACUGAUUCCACAGGAUCACCAGACAGGGACGGAAUUCUUCCCAGUCCUCAUCCUCAUGAGCCACCCUUCAAUAACAAACCAGAGUGUGCACGUGAAGGAGGAAAAAAAAUUUCGAAGAAAAGUAAUGGAGCUCCAAAUGGAUUUUAUGCAGAGAUUGACUGGGAAAGAUACAAUUCACCUGAACUUGAUGAAGAGGGAUACAGCAUCAGACCAGAAGAACCAGGCUCUACCAAAGGAAAGCACUUUUAUUCCUCAAGCGAAUCAGAAGAAGAAGAAGAGUCACACAAGAAAUUUAACAUUAAGAUUAAGCCUUUGCAGGCUAAAGACAUUCUUAAAAGUGCAGCAACUGUAGAUGAAUUGAAAGCAUCAAUAGGCAACAUCGCACUUUCUCCAUCUCCAGUGAGGAAAAGUCCGAGGCGCAGCCCGGGCGCAAUUAAAAGGAAUUUAUCCAGUGAAGAGAUAGCAAGACCUAGGCGUUCAACACCAACUCCAGAACUUGUAAGCAAAAAAGCCCCAGAUGAUCCUUCAGCCCUUGCCCCACUGUUUGGCCCACCACUGGAGUCAGCAUUUGAGGAACAAAAGUUGGAAGCUCCUUUAGAUCAGACAGAGAUAUGGGGCUCUGUCCAGCCAGUGAAUUCCAGUUUAGACUCUCCAAAGCUACCAAGACCUUUUCCAACUGGAACACCUCCACCACUUCCACCAAAAAACAUUCCAGCUACACCACCUAGGACUGGUUCUCCCUUAACAGUUGGAAUAGGAAGUGACCAGACAGCAACAGAGGUCAAAAGUGACAAACUACCAUCAAUCAAUGACUUGGACAGCAUUUUUGGCCCAGUAUUAUCCCCCAAGUCUGUUGCUGUUAACGCAGAAGAUAAGUGGGUCAAUUUUUCCGAUCAGUCCCCGGAAAACAUAACAGCAGAGUUGACUUCAAGGGAAAAAGUGGUGUCCCCACCUGUGGCAUCAGAAAUCCCAGCUGAAUCUCCAGCUGUUGAAACCUCCCGCAAUGUUCCAUCACCUCUCAAUUUAGAAGAGGUUCAGAAGAAAAUUUCUGAGCAAACCCACGUUAAAGAUGAUAACUUAGAAUCAACAGCAUCUCCUAAAGAUUUUGGGUUGGGACAGAGAGCUACACCACCUCCCCCUCCACCACCUACCUACAGAACAGUGGUGUCAUCACCUGGACCCAGCCCCAUCAGUGGCACAGGAAGCACCAGUGGUUCUUCAUCUCCGGCUCGUCCAGCGACUCCACUGGCUGCCUGCAGCAGCACCACCCCACCGCCUCCUCCGCCUCGGCCCCCAUCUCGGCCAAAACUGCCUCCAGGGAAGCCUGGAGUUGGCGAUGUGUCCAGGCCUUUUAGCCCUCCUAUUCACUCAUCCAGUCCUCCUCCGGUAGCACCUUUAGCCCGUGCUGAAAGUACUUCUUCCAUAUCAUCCACCAAUUCCUUGAGUGCAGCCACUACUCCCACAGUUGAGAAUGAACAGCCUUCCCUCGUUUGGUUUGACAGAGGAAAGUUUUAUUUGACUUUUGAAGGCUCUUCUAGGGGACCCAGUCCUUUGACGAUGGGGGCCCAGGACACCCUCCCUGUAGCAGCAGCAUUCACAGAAACUGUUAAUGCAUAUUUCAAAGGAGCAGAUCCUAACAAAUGUAUAGUGAAGAUAACUGGAGAAAUGGUGCUGUCGUUUCCUGCAGGAAUUACCAGACAUUUUGCCAAUAAUCCAGCCCCAUCUGUUCUAACCUUCCGUGUAAUAAAUUACAACAGGUUAGAACACGUCCUGCCAAAUCCGCAACUUCUCUGCUGUGACAGUACACAGACUGAUGCCAACACAAAGGAAUUCUGGGUAAACAUGCCAAAUCUGAUGACACAUCUAAAAAAAGUGUCUGAACAGAAACCACAAGCAACAUAUUACAACGUGGACAUGCUCAAAUACCAGGUAUCUGCCCAGGGUAUUCAGUCUACUCCAUUAAACCUUGCAGUCAGCUGGCGGUGUGAAUCUACAAGCACUGACCUUCGUAUUGACUACAAAUAUAAUACAGAGGCAAUGACUACACCAGUAGCUCUAAACAAUGUCCAGUUCCUAGUUCCCAUAGAUGGAGGAGUAACGAAACUUCAAGCUGUGCUUCCACCUGCUGUUUGGAAUGCUGAACAGCAAAGAAUAUUGUGGAAGAUUCCUGAUAUCUCGCAAAAAUCAGAAAAUGGAGGUGUGGGUUCUUUGCUGGCAAGAUUCCAGCUUUCUGAAGGACCAAGCAAACCUUCGCCAUUGGUAGUGCAGUUUACGAGUGAAGGGAGCACUCUCUCCAGCUGUGAUAUUGAACUUGUUGGGGCAGGAUACCGGUUUUCACUCAUUAAAAAGAGAUUUGCAGCAGGAAAAUACUUGGCUGAUAACUAAUGGAAGCUUAUGCAAGUAUAUGGAAAAUCCAUAUAACCACGGACUGCUGUGUGGAACAGGUUUGAAUUACGGUUUAAGGGAAAUGAACUAAAUUCUGCACUUGGGGUACUUCUGUUGGAAGUGUCAGCGACUUUCAGCAUUUUUUCCUGAGAAGACCACUGUCUUGACCAGUCCUACAGUAUUUACUUCUAGAUGUAACAUUGUUAAUGGUUUUAAAAUGUAAUUAUUGUAUUUGUAAAUUGUACUCAUUCCAGUAAGGCUGUAUUUUGGCAGUUAGACACUUGAGUUUUAGAAUUUUACCAUUCAUGAAAUGGAUGUAAUUUAAACUGUGGUAUACAAAUUUAAUAGUAGUACUGUUGAAUGGCACAAUGCUUACAGAGGUAGAUUACAUUUUGUCAAUAUAUAUACGAUUUAAAUACAAUACUGGUAGCUGUUAAAAAGGGGGUGCCUCAUGAAAAAAGAGAGUUGAGUAGAACCUGCAAACUGAUUUACUUUUUCUUCAGUCCUUAGUAUGUCUUAUAAUAGUGCUAAAUAAAUGGUCUAUCUUCAAUUGUUUAGCUGGUUGAACUCCAAAAGAAUAUUUUAAUAAAUGUGGAGGUUAUAACUUAUUUUCCCCCCUUCCCUCCCAAAAACCCAACCAACCAAAAUACAAAAACCCAAUGUCCAUAUUUCUUAAAAUACUUAUUUCAAACUUCAUAACAAAUAAUGCAACUUUUCCAAACACGGUCUUCUACUUUUAUGGACUCUUGUUUCUUCUCAAUAUUCUGACACUUCACAAAUGUGUAGAUUAUUAAAUAAGCAGGCAGUUUAAGACAUUCAGUGAUGACUCUGUAUGUCCACAGACUGUAAUUGUAUUAAAGGGCACAUUUUCAGCAACCACCUCCACUUUUGCAGUGCUGUUUGUUGGGGGAUUUUGGAGCACCCUAUGUAAGAUGCUUCACAGACAUGCAGAAAAGUUCCUUGUCUCAAUAGUAAAGAGCCUAAGCAAGCAAACAAAACCCCCCCACAAAGAUAACUGGAGAAAGAUUGGUUUCAGAGUAGCAGCCGUGUUAGUCUGUAUCAGCAAAAAGAACAGGAGUACUUGUGGCACCUUAAAGACCAACAAAUUUAUUUGAGGAGAAAGAAUGUAAUAUAACCCUAUUAUGUAGCCCUGAUACAGCACUUUUUAUCCAUAGAUCAUAAAGUGCUUUAUACAAUUGAAGAAGGAUUUAGCUCUGUUUUACACAUAGGGAAAUUGAGGCACUGAAAACUUAAGUCCUGCACAAGGUAACAGAGUUGAGUCAAUGACAGAGUCAGAAAUAGAACCCAGGUCUCCUAACUCGCUGUCUUUUAUCUUGUCAACUGGACAAUUUUGUAUUGUGCAAAGACUGAGUAGUUAGAACAUUUCAAAUAUUUUGAACUGAGAGCACUAACUCCUGGUGUGGUCCAUUAUAGACACAGUAGAACUAGUAAAAACUUUCUAACCAGUAAAAACUUUUAAAGUGCUCCCACUGUAUAUUUGUCACACAACUUGUCAGGUCUGUGGUUUUAUUUAUUUUUUAUAUUUAUUUAUUUAUUUAGGUACUCUAGCAUUUUUUAACACUGAACUAUAAUGUGAGCUAAAUUAAAAGAUUAGAAAGUGAAACAUGAAAAUGGGGUUAACUGUUAGUUUGGCAGCUAACUGUGCCCAUUGUCUAUUUUGCGUGCACAAUGUACACAUUUGUACAUGCAGGUCUUAUACCCAGUUUUGUCAUUUGCAUUAGAAAAUAGCUGUACUUGGAAAAAUAGUUGUAUGCAUAAAAGUGAGUGCUUAAAAUUGGAGUCUGUGGCUGAAAAUUUGGCCCUAUAUGUUUCUUCUGAGAUUGUCAUAGUCAAUCUCAAUUCCACUAUACUACGUUGUGUUUGUGGAAUUGAGUUUCAUGCAUGUAAGGAGAGCAGAAUGUCAACCAAGAUUUUCUGUGUGGCUCUAAGAUGAGAAAUUUUUCUUUUGGAUAGGAAACUAUUUUAAAGAAAACUUCAUGAAACUGCAGACUUAACAAUGUGCAGCCUAAUAGGUGAGCCAGUCUUCAGUAGAAAAAGGACGUUACGUUUGUCUUCACAGUUCUCUUGAGUUCUGUCAUACUAGGGUGUGCUAGAAUAAUAAUUUCACAAAUCUUCAUCUGCUGUGAUAAACCAGGUGUCUAUAUCUUGCCUUUACACUUUGAAAAGUCACUGAAUGAGGAACAUGUCUCAUCUUGGAUGAACUGCAAAAUUAAAGAUGGGCCUGAACCAAGCCCUUGAUCCAAACACCCCCAGCUCUAGACAAAGUUGGGAUCCAAAUGCAAUUUACAUUUUGUGACACAGACCCAUUACUGUGUGAAAUGCAAUUGAAAAUUAUUUUUGAGGUAAAAUUGGCAUGUCUUAGCCUACUGCUGGCAAACAUAGUGAUGUCAUUUGUGACAUGUCAGCUGAAAUGGUAGAAAGGUAGUUUCUGUUCUGUUUUAAUGUAAAAAUUGUGCUGUGUGAAAAUGAAAUAUCUGUUCAAAAUUAAACAUUAAAGUUGUUCUAAUGUUGAGGUACACAGAGAACUACAAGAUCAUCCAUUAAUUAUGAUGUUGGGUAUUAUAGAAAUAUGUGUAAUACCAAAUAAUGCUAAUUUUCAGUCUCUAAAUUCAUUCCCCAUAUCAUUAGUGUCCCAAAAGUUGCCAGCAACAGGCUCACAAAUGUCAAUCAAAAAUAAAAGCAUGAUUUUCAUGUACGUGUCCCAGAUCAUACAUAUAGAUAAGUGCUUAUUAGCAGCUGAACUUUGAGUGCUUUUUUUUUAAGUACACCUUUCUUUUAAAAUUACUGAGAGCAAAUAAGGAAACCUAGAAAUAAUGAAACUCUGAGCACAGUCCUAGAUUAAUAAUUCAAGAUAUAUGUUAAAGAUGAUCAACUUUGGUUGGUGUGUGCAUGUUCACAAAAAAUAAAAUGUAACAGGGUAGAGAUUAAAAUACAAUUGUUUUAAAAAUUCAUACAUCCUCCUAACAUUUAAAAGUGAACAAGACAGUAUCCCUAAAUAGGGGAUUUGCCAGUCUGGUUUGAUUUUUUCCCCUGAUUGGAAAUAUGACUGUAUUGACUAUAUAACCAACAUCUAUUUGAAAUAGGAACUGAAUAUAGGGCAAGUAAUUAAAAAUAAAAACUACAAAAAAGAGAAUUCUUCAAAUCAGUUUAUGAAAUAUACAAUACAUAAUUUGCAAAACCAUGCUUCAAAAAUUGUAAUCCAUACAAAAAUGUUUUUUAAAAAUGUAAAUAUUACUGGUACACAUGUAACUCACUUUAUAUUUUAUGUUAAGGAGAUUUAGAACUUGAUAAUGAUUAACACAAAUUAUGGCAGCUUUUUAAAAUGUUGCAAAAAAGAACCUGUUCUAUUUAUACUGUAAAAUGCCCACUUAAAAAAACUGCAUAGCCUCCCUGAUGUGAACUAAAUAUGAAUAGACCAGAUGGGGUACAUAGGUACCUGUAUAACUAUACACCUCUAUUACAUCGAAAGUAGUAAAUACUAGUAAAAUACCUCUUUGUGGACAGAGGUUAUCCAUAUAUUGUAAACUCAGUUCAGGAAAACUCUCAUAGCAGAAGAAUCUCCUACACUGACUCAGCUGUGGUGAGGCUAACAGGACAUUUUCAUAAAGAACAACAAGUCUGUGCAGUAACAAUAACUUUGUUUCAAGAACUGAAUGACUGAUUUAACCAAAUCUACAAUUACAUCCAUCACUACAAUUUUCAUUAUUAAAAAAGAUCAUGUAACUAGGAAAGUUCCGUUGAAAAGACCAGUCUUAUACAUUGGAGCACUAUUCUGCCCUAGCUUAUGUUCAGCAUAUCUCAGAUUUUCUGCUCUUUGAAUGAGUGUCUUUAGCACUGUGAUAGGCUGUCCAAAAUUACAUUAUUUAGCACUUAUAUAGUCCUGUCCUUCAAACCCCUUUUCCAGCAUCAUGAUCUGAUUUCUAGCCUUUGAGUAAGUGCGCAUUUGCACCCUUGUGCAUACAUGGCUAGAUACUGUAGGUGAGCUUUGAACCAAGUGUGUAUGCAUGCAAUUUGCAUGCAUAUGUUCAGAUGUGUGCAGGCAAAGUAUGGAGACAGCAAACUGGGCCCUUAAUCACAAUCCUCACAGUGUGAGGUAGGUAGAAAUGCAUAAAAAUUCUGGGCUAGAUGGAUAAGUCUUCUUUCCUUGAAUAAAAAUUAAACAAUUCUGUCUUAAGAAAACAAGGGUACAUAAAUGUAAAGGUGCUCCAGAGUUUUAUACAUUAGGUCUGUGUUCUGCAUCUCUAUUUUAUAGCAUCAGACUCUCCAGCCCGUUACUCUGCUUUGAGGUGCUCCAGUGGAGCAAAGCGUAUUUAAACCUGGCUUAACUGUGUACUUGAAUUCUCCAAUGCUCCAAGGCUUCCAUAGUGGUACCUAAAUCACUCACCUUCCUGCCCCACAGUGAAGGAGGCACAUAGGCUCAGGAUCAUCCUGGCUGAUCACUAGCUGCUAGAACAGACCCUGUGGGCUGUUGGCAACUGAUGUAAAAUAGAGCAGCCUAAAGUCUGGGGACUAGGUCAAAGCUCCAGGAUCAGAGAGCCACAGCGAUGGUUUAACAUCAUAUUUGCUUACCCAUCCCAACCCCUGACUUGCAUCAAACACGGCAUGGCUGGUUGGAAGGAUAUGGACCAGAGUAUCAGAGAUCACCAGGUUCACCCGUGUACUGGCAGUGUAAUUGCCAAAUGAAGAAAUUGUUCAAGAACAGUUUGUCAAGUAUGUUAAGGACAAACAGGUUUUUCUUCAGUAUCACUUACUUGUGUCUUCUCUUUCCAUCCAAACACAUCAAACCCUUUAGGUUCUUUUGUAAGAAAACUCCAUGCCUUCUUCUGUCCCUGUUAGCGUCUCCUCAUAGUGACAGUAAGAGACUAGCUUCAGGUCUUUGUUUGUCAUUGCAGUUGAGGCAAUUGGCAGACUUUAUUACUCUUCCAGCAGUGGUCCUGUUCAGGGUGGAGGAAUUUGAAUGUGUCAGUCUGUUAUACCAAUAAAAUAAAAACCAGCAGGAUCUUAUUAAAGGGGAAAAGGCAAAAUGCCACAUUUAUUGUGAAUACAGAAAGAAUCAUAGUAAGCAGUUAUAGCUAUAACAUUCCAUUCAAUUUCAUAUUUAUUCACACAUUCAUUCAUACACACACACAGAGGUUCUGCAAGGUUGUUAUCAUAGUUACCAGCCUUAGAGUUGCUCAUGCCAAGUCACUGGCCAGGUGGCCUGGACAUGAGGAGGGAGCAGGGCCUUGUCAGAUGCUCCUGGAGGUUGGUUUGCAGAAUCAGACCCCAAAGUUCUCACUUUCUAGAGUCCAUUUUUAUAGGAAUUUCUUCCUUUGCCAGUCUAUGGGAAUUGCUUCAUCAUACUGUUGCUGAAUCAAUCAGCAGAUGGCACAUUCCUGAUGGCUCCGUGCUGCCAGAUGUUAUCUUGUUCUUUGAUUCUCCCAUUCUUGAGGAUGUUGGGUGGAUUCCAGUCUGCCUUCCGGGGGUCCUCUGGUUAUUUCCACUUGACGCCUUCUUCAGCCGAUGGACACUGGAUUGUUAGGCUGGCACCCCCUGAUCAUUCAGUUAUUAACCACACCAAGCAUCCAUCCACAUACAUCCUCUAUCUCUAUUUUAAUCACAAUUGUUAACAAAGCUAGAUGAAUACAACAAAAGGGCGAGGAGUCUCUGGGUGCUGUUUCUGUUGUUACAGAGUAUUGUUUUGAGUCUCUCUCUGUGUGAGUAGUUGUUGUUACAAAGAAUUGCUUUGAGAACAGACUCUGUCUUAGAAUGUACUAACGCAAUUAGCAGCUUGCAAGUUUCACACACAGAGAGAGAGAAACAGUACCAAAAACCAAGAGACCUCUUAAUUAGUAAUACCCUGGAAUUUAAACUAUGGGGAAUCAAACUCAUUUGUGAUUUUAAUACAGAACUUCUUUAAUAUGAUCCAACAAAUCCUAUCUUGAUAUUUCACACUUAAGAGCACAUGACCUUCUCCCACGACUUGAGUGUGAGCUGACACUAACAGAAAAGGAUGUAUGGGCAGCAGAUUUGGGGACAUUAAAUGCCAAUAUUGAGCACCAGGAGCAUGAGAAGAGUAUAAUAGUCCUACCACCUGAUUCUCACGUUACAUUAGCAGCUAGUGGAAGCUUCCUCUUCAUAGCAAGAAAGUAUACAGUAAGAUAUGACAUUACCUUGUAUGGUCAAAAGAAUUCAAAAACACCAAACUCCAUCUCAGAAGCUGGUGUACAGUUAAGGUGUUCUUUACAUAUGCGUACCUCUUGCACCAUUCAGGAAAUACAUUCUUUUUGCUACAUACAAGAUCCUUGGAAGAACAUGUGUGAACAUAAGAUUUGUUUUUAAAUAGUAUGAUUUAGUUUUCAAUAACUAAAUAGCAUCCACAUUUACACACACUUAUUAAAAUAUGUAAAAUAUAUAUAAAGUAUAAUAUUUUUGUCUAAAGGUGAGCUGAAGCUGCAAACCUUGACUCUGAUUUCAAAUAUCCCAGAGUUACAACUAGGAGUAAAGUUCUUUCAAGUUCAGCAGCACUCAUAUCCAGGAUUUGGUUUGGCCCAUUGUGAAGACAGUGAUCAUUAGCAAAAUUCAGAUCUGGAUCCAGGUUUGGAUUUGGGCCCAUCUCUUUUGUCUGGUUAUGUAAAAUAGUUAGCAGAAGUAGACUGUCUUCUUAAAAGGAUGUACUCAACUAGUUGUCACUGCAUGCUUUUUCUUCCAUUGUUUCUGAUACCCUCAAAGGCCUGAGCCUGCAAAAUCUCAAUGCAGGCAAGACUCCCAUUGAAUUGAACUGGAGUUUUUACCUCCACGAUGAUUGCAGACUUGGGUCUUUUAGAUGUUAAGAAUAUUCAUUCUUUUCUUUUUCAGUUUGGUAAUCAUUGUGUGUGAAUGUGUCACUCCAGAAGCAAACAGGGCUCUAUUUCUAGUUUCCCUUGUAUGGUACAUAACAGUAUCAGAAAUGGAGAUUUUGCUAGGUAGGGUUUUUUUUGGUGGUCUCACCUCAAAAUGAAGUUUCCGUUCAAUUCGUAAUGACAGAGUUGUGUGGUUUUAUUUUUUGAAAUAGAACUGGGUAGCAUUCAUCACCAGAGUAUAUGUCUAAGGAAAGCGAAAUAUUCGUCCUAAAGAGGUGGACUGUGGACACACAUACUAUAUCAAUUUUCAGCUCACCUAUAUUCCUCCUUAUGUAAGACUUUUUUAGGCCACCUUUAUGUGUUUCUUAAUAGUUAUGUAAAAUCAUUCAAUAUUAUGAAAUAGUACCAUAUUAUAAGUACCUGACUCAUUUUUUGAUUAUUUUUCUUCUUAAAUAUCACUUUCUUUCUGUGUAGCUUUUUGUUUUAAGGCUACUUGCCACAAAGCUCCUAUUUCUGCUCAGAUCCAUUAAGGUCCCUUUGUAUAACCUGUGGAACUUAAAUGACACACAAAAUAUUUGUCCCAGAAGCAUAGCCUUGCAGACAGGGAGUUAUGUUCACCCAACCAGAAAGUUAUUUCAGCCUGCUAGAGACAGAACUGGAAGAGAGCCUCUUGGUAGGGAUUGACAUUGCAAAAAAAAAAAAAAAAUCAGGAUUUAUUUCCCUUUGCCAUCUGUUGGUAGGAUGAUGCAAUAUUUGCACUCUGGGCUGGAGAAACUGUCAUUAAAAAUGUAUAACUGAAAUUAUGUACAUCUGUACUUUUGACAAUGAAGGUCCAGCUUUUGCUUUGUUUUAAUGUUAUUGAAGUAAAUAUUAGAUAUUUAUUUUGAACUUCUAGUGCUCAGUUUUAAAAACUGGUCGCACUCAUUUUGCACUUGCAGUUUUAUACUCAUAAAUAAUUGUGAGCAGAAUUAAUUGUAGGUGCACAUAAUGGCAUUUAGGUAUCUACAUACCCACAAAAAUCAAGUAGUUGAGCAUUUAAAUAAUAUAAUUUGGGUUCAUAAAGGGUGCACCUGCUGUCCUCUAGAUAAGCAAAAUGGAAGGCUGGCUUGAGACCCUUAAAAGAUUUUGCCCUUAACGUGAAAAAUAUAUUUUGGUUUUUUACAACACAAUUCUGGACUAACAAACACCUAUUGAUGAUGGCAUUCUGUUGAAUUGAAAUGCUAAUGUUAAAGAGCUGCACACAAGAAGACACUGGUGAAUGAUCCUGCGCAAAUGUUUUAAUGGUUCUUUCUAAGAUCUUUUCAGCAUAAGCAUAAUCUGAACAAUCACUGCUUAAUGUUUUGUAUCAAAGACAUUUUUAAAUGGCUGGAUCACAAUAAACAGUAAUUGUUAGACAGCCUGAGAGGAACAAUGUGACACAUCUUUUACUGAAUGUUUACAAUGCAACAUAAAAAGGUAAUGAUGGUUUUCCUCCGAUCUGUCAUCCCAUUCUUGUUCCUCAGUUUUCUAGCUAUACAGUAACUUGAUAUUAAGUUGAGUACAGUUCCUGUCUGUAUGCACUUCACUGAAAGGUACUCAGAAUUCUGCAUUUACAGAAGAACUCUGAAUAGCUUGACAAUUUCCUAAAUACAGUACAAAAUAUUGUCACAAACUUUUGACAUCUAUUUUGGCAUAGACUUAACAGAACCAGUUUGAUAUAUGAAAUAUAGAUUUAUUUCCCCAACACUUAUUAAUGGGUAUUGUUUUUACAUAAGAUGCUUUGUUUAAAAAUCUUCAUUUUAGAGCUUACCAUGACCAAAAUAUAUAAUAUCACACAAAAUGCUAUGUUCCUGAAAGGAAAUUACUCUCUCAAAAGACUCCAUUCCAAAAUCAGAGUUUUUGUUUCCUUGAAAAUUUUCUAGGAAGGGAAUUCUUGUGGAGUUGGAUAUCUUUUUAUGCUAGUAAGUAUUUUAGUUAUUGUACCAUUAAACAUGGCUAGAAAUGAGCUAUAGAAAUGUAAGGCAAUGAUCUCUCCCUGUGUGAUUUCCCCCUUUAUCUUUAAGAGUGGGAGUACAGAUGUUGCUGUUUGAUCAAUUUUUCUUGACAAUUUCUAGUGUUCAUAUGGUGAUGUUAUUCAAAGUUUUACAUAUAAGCAGGACUUCACUACAGGCCGAGCAGUAUGUGAAAAGUCAGUCCAGAAUCAGCUUUUUUAAUGAGAGGGUCUAGAAUAUUAUUGAUCCUCUGUUUGAAAUUAACUUACUUGUUUCUUACAAGUUGCUUGACAAAUCUUUGUGUAAAUGAGGUAUUGCAGUUUAAUUCUUAAGCCAAAUGUGCACUGUUUAAAACCACAUCUUCCACCCCACCCCACCCCCACCACUGUAUACCUAAGAAAAUAAAAAUCUUAUAGGCAUCUUA